AUGAAUCGGUUUGGAGGCACUAUCGGUCUCUUCACAGUCGCUCUUCUUUGGGGCAGUGCAAUGGUGGAGGCUGGGUUGGGCGCAGAAACUUGCGCCGCUGCAGCAAAGAAGGACACCAGCGGAUACUUCCAAUCAAUCUCUGAAUCGCUCUAUGCAAUCGACGGCUCGUUGCCUACUAACGUUGACGGUGAUUGCCUUCCCACGGAGACUACCAACAAGGUCGGAGCCUGGUUCAACUUGAACGUCGAUGGCCUUCUUGGGCUGGAAAUUGAUUCCAGAGUUUACGCUUCCUCGUUGUCAACAACCGUCCCUCACGAAGUAGCCGUCAUGCGGGGUAGUUGUGGCUCCCUCACUUGUCUUGCCUCCGGCUCUGCGAGGCCAGAUGAACGAGACCGCAUGCUAAUUGAAGUUCCUUUCAACCUUACCACCAAUGACGACUACUAG